AUUAGCAUUAUAUCAUUUCAUAGCAUAUCUUUAGAGAGUAUAUAAUAAUGGCUUCUAUUGGAAACCUUGAGGUAGAUGUGGAAGUGAAGAGCAACCCAGAGAAGUUCUGGAACGGUAUUAGGGAUUCCGACAAGAUAUUUCCGACGGCUUUCCCUGAGCUUUACAAGAGCAUUGAGAUCCUUGAAGGUGAUGGUAAAGCUGUCGGAUCGGUUCGCCUCGUUAAAUUUGCUGAAGGACUCCCCAUGGUUAGCAUGUGCAAGGAGAAGGUGGAAGUGGUUGAUGAGGAGAAAAAGACAGUAGGAUACUCGAUUGUUGAAGGUGAUGUGCUUAGUUUCUACAAGAGUUUCAAGGCACAACUAGUGGUUGAACCAAAGGAGGAAGGAAGUUUGGUGAAAUGGACAUGUGAGUUUGAGAAGUCCAAAGAUGAUGCUCCUGAUCCUGAAAUCAUUUUCAAGGCUUUUGCUGUCAAAACUUUCCAAGACCUUGAUGCUUAUCUCAUUAAGGCUAAUUAAUUAACUAAUUCGAUCUCUCAGUUACUAUAUGCAUGCAUAUGACAGCAUAUACUCCGUAUUACAUACAGUAUGGUAUUGCUGAAUAAAAAUCUAGAAUUGUGCCACGCUACACGUAAGUUAAUUUCGAGUUGAUUAUGUUAAUUGAUCUGAUUAAUUAACGAGAUUUUAAAGUUGUGCAA